GGGUAAACUGAGGCACCAGGCCAGUUUACCACCAGACCACAAGCCAACCUACAGCCUGCUGAGAGUCUGAUGGGGCCGGCCCUAUCACCGUUGUCAUUCCUUGCCAAGCCUGCCCCUCCCCGGCUGGGCCCUGUCGCCUUCCGCCCCCACGGGGGGCCUUACUUUCGGUAAAUGACAGCACUCAGGAAGCAGAGGAGCCCGCACAGGAAGGCGGCAGUGGGACUUUCCUGUCUCUGCCUCCGGGCCUGCCUUCCUGUCCCCCUGCCUUCCUGUCAUCGGUCCACGGUCCCCACAGGCCAGGUUGUACUCAUGGCACCCCCUAGUGAGGAGACACCCCUGAUUUCUCAGCGUUCCUGCAGCCUCUCAUCCUCAGAGGCUGGGGCUCUGCAUGUGCUGUUGCCUCCUCGGGGCCCUGGCCCCCCCCAGUGCCUGUCUUUCUCCUUUGGGGAUUACUUAGCUGAGGAGCUGUGCGUGCAUGCUGCCAAGGCCAGUGGCAUCUUGCCCGUGUACCACUCUCUCUUCGCAUUGGCCACGGAGGACUUGUCGUGCUGGUUCCCCCCAAACCACAUCUUCUCUGUGGAGGAUUUGGGCACUCAGAUCUUGGUCUACAGGCUGCGCUUUUAUUUCCCCAGCUGGUUCGGGCUGGAGAAAUGCCAUCGUUUUGGGCUCCGAAAGGACCUGGCCAGUGCCAUCCUAGACCUGCCUGUCCUGGAACACCUCUUUGCCCAGCACCGCAGUGACCUGGUGAGUGGGUGCCUUGCCGUGGGGCUCAGCCUCAAGGAACAGGGCGAGUGUCUCAGCCUGGCUGUACUGGACCUGGCCCGGAUGGCCUGUGAACAGGGCCGGCGGCCGCAGGAGAUGCUGCGCACUGUCAGCUACAAGUCCUGCCUGCCCCGCGGCCUGCGAGACCUCAUCCAGGGCUUGAGUUUCGUGACUCGCAAGCGGAUCCGCAAGACUGUGCGCCGCGCUCUGCACCGCGUGGCCACGUGCCAUGCGGACCGGCACUCGCUCAUGGCCAAGUAUGUCAUGGACCUGGAGCGGCUGGACCCAACCCGGGCCACGGAGACCUUCUGCGUAGGGCUCCCGCGGGCCGCGGGUGGCCAGGACGCACAAGGGCUGCUGCGUGUGGCUGGGGGCAGCGGCCUCUCCUGGACCUCUGGAGAGCAAGAGCCCUUCCAGCAGUUCUGCGAUUUCCCAGAGAUCGUGGAUGUCAGCAUCAAGCAGGCCCCACACGUGGGCCCCGCUGGGGAGCACCGCCUGGUCACUAUCACGCGUGCCGACAACCAGAUCCUGGAGGCUGAGUUCCCGACUCUGCUAGCUGCACUGUCCUUCGUGGCACUUGUGGACGGCUACUUCCGACUGACAUGCGAUGCGCGACACUUCUUCUGCAAGGAGGUGGCGCCGCCGCGGCUGCUAGAGGAGGUGGCCGAGCGCUGUCAUGGCCCCAUCACCCAGGACUUCGCCAUUCACAAGUUGAAGGUGGCGGGCUCAGUCCCGGGCUCAUAUGUGCUCCGUCGCAGCCCACAGGACUUUGACAGCUUUCUGCUCACGGCCUGUGUCCAAACGCCCCUGGGUCCUGACUACAAGGGCUGUCUCAUCCGUCGCGACGCCACUGGGAGCUUCUUCCUGGUUGGCCUCAGCCGGGCACACGGCAGCCUCAGGGAGCUCCUGGAUGCCUGCUGCGGGGGCACGCUGUGUGUGGAUGGCGUGAGCCUGAGCCUCACCACGUGCUGCACCCCCACCCCCAGAGAGAAGUCCAACUUGAUUGUGGUGCGGACGGGCUGUGGCCCGGCCACCACGGCUUCCGCACAGCCCCCAGUGCAGCUCCCGGUGCAGCCCACACUGAGCCAGCUGACCUUCCACAAGAUCCCACCCUACAGCCUGCAGCGGCAUGAGAACCUGGGUCAUGGCUCCUUCACUAAGAUUUACUGUGGCUCUCGCCAUGAGAACGUGGAUGGCGAAGCCCGGGAGACGAAGGUGCUGCUGAAGGUGCUGGAUGCGGAGCACAGAAACUUCGUGGAGUCCUUCCUGGAAGCAGCCAGUUUGAUGAGCCAAGUGUCCUACCCGCAUCUGGUGUUGCUGCAUGGCGUGUGCAUGGCUGGAGACAGCACCAUGGUGCAGGAAUUUGUGCCCUUGGGUGCCAUUGAUACCUAUCUGUGCAAGCGUGGCCAUCUGGUGCCCGCCAGCUGGAGGCUGCAGGUGACCAAGCAGCUGGCCUACGCUCUCAACUAUUUGGAGGAUAAAGGCCUCCCUCAUGGCAACGUCUCAGCCCGGAAGGUGCUGCUGGCGAGGGAGGGGACUGAUGGGAACCCACCGUUCAUCAAGCUCAGCGACCCAGGCGUCAGCCCCACUGUGCUGAGCCUGGAGAUGCUGACUGACAGGAUCCCCUGGGUGGCCCCCGAGUGUCUUGAUGAGGCCCGGACGCUGGGCCUGGAGGCUGACAAGUGGGGCUUUGGAGCCACAGUCUGGGAGGUCUUCAGCGGUGCCCCGAUGCCCACACGCGCGCUGGACCCCGCCAAGAAGCUCAGGUUCUAUGAGGAACAGCGGCAGCUGCCAGCGCCCAGGUGGACCGAACUGGCCACGCUGAUCCGCCAGUGCAUGGACUACGACCCGCGCCGCAGGCCGAGCUUUCGCGCUGUCAUCCGGGACCUGAACAGCCUCAGCACCUCGGAUUACGAGCUCCUCUCCGACCCUGCGCCGGGUGCCCUGGGGCCUCGGGAUGUGCUGUGGAACACCGCGCAGCUCUAUGCCUGCCAGGACCCCACGAUCUUUGAGGAGAGGCACCUCAAGUACAUCUCGCAGCUAGGCAAGGGCAACUUCGGCAGCGUGGAGCUGUGCCGAUACGAUCCACUGGGGGAUAACACCGGCGCCCUGGUGGCCGUGAAGCAGCUGCAGCACAGCGGGCCGGAGCAGCAGAGGGACUUCCAGCGUGAGGUGCAGAUACUGAAGGCACUGCACAGUGACUUUAUUGUCAAGUACCGUGGCGUCAGCUAUGGCCCUGGCCGGCAGAGCCUGCGUCUGGUGAUGGAAUACCUGCCCUGCGGUUGCCUGCGCGACUUCUUGCGGCGCCACCGUGCACGCCUGGAUGCUGGCCGCCUGCUGCUGUUCGCCACGCAGAUCUGCAAGGGCAUGGAGUACCUGGGUGCCUGCCGCUGUGUGCACCGCGACCUGGCCGCAAGAAACAUCCUGGUGGAGAGUGAGGCACAUGUCAAGAUCGCCGACUUCGGGCUUGCCAAACUGCUGCCGCUGGACAAGGACUACUACGUGGUGCGCGAGCCGGGCCAGAGCCCCAUCUUCUGGUUUGCGCCGGAGUCCCUGGCGGACAGCGUCUUCUCGCGCCAGUCGGAUGUGUGGAGCUUUGGCGUGGUGCUGUAUGAGCUGUUCACCUUCGGGGACCCGAGCUGCAGCCCCUCGGCCGAGUUCAUGCGCUUGAUGGGCUGUGAGGGCGACGCCCCCGCUCUGUGCCGCCUGCUGGAGCUGCUCACUGAAGGCUGCAGGCUGCCUGCACCUGCUGCCUGCCCCGUGGAGGUCCACAAGCUCAUGAGCCACUGCUGGGCACCCAGCCCCCAGGACCGGCCAACUUUCAGCGCCCUGGGCCCCCAGCUGGAGGCACUGUGGAGUGGAAGCCGGGGAUAGUGACUGGAUGUGUGACCAGGUCUCUGCCAGCCAGUUGGUGGCCGCAAGGGCAGACUCGUGCCCUGUCCUCCUUGCGUCCUCUGGGUGGUCUCUGCAUUUUCUCUGGCCCUGGUGCUGUGCCCUUGGGCAUCAUGAAGACCCCUCAUGGUGAAGCGACCUCACCAGAAGCCUGGAAGACUCACUCAUUCCUCAAAGCCCCAGCUGUGCUGUACUGACAGUUCUGUGGUGUGCUUGAGAGGCCCUGUUCCUCCUCUAACCCAGACCCCAGGGAUCUGUCCCCCUGAUGUGAGGGCUCCUUGGGGGCUGGGCUAGGCCUGAGUGUGGGUGGGCACAAAGUGAGUCCAGGGGGUCUUUGUUGAGUGAAUAAAGGCGUUUG